AUGUCCAGCAACGCCCCAGGAGAACAGCAUGAGGUCCGACAAACGUCUUCCACCGAUGAUUGGCAUCCCGAUCCAUCGAAGUCACUGCCGCUGAGUCCAGCACGCCAAUCAUUGAUCGACGAUAUCAUCGCCUUGUACUCAUGCGAGCCUACCGUCAAACGCGUCGAGCGUUACACGCCAGAUUGCGUCUACGAUGAUCAAUUUGUCUAUGCCAACGACAGAUACAAGAUGGCUGGCCAAUGGUUCGCCCUGCCCAAGUUUUUCAAAGCCUCCAAGAACGAGGGUUACGAAAUUGUCGUCAACGAGCCAAAUCUCAUUCAAUUCAAGAACGAGCAAUCGUGGACGUUCAAACUCAUUCCCAAGACCGCAACGAUAAACGCGCUGGUGAGCUUGAGUUUGGAUCCGGCGACCGUGGACAGCGAUUUCAUUCAAGUGAAAUAUCAUAAAGACCAAGCGAACGAGAAGGACUACAGUCACGAGGGCCCAGGAUUCACUUUCAAGAAGUGGCAGGCUGAUAACGUCAGCAAGAUCAUGUCGAGCGAUGAGGUGGCGUAUUUCGAGAAGGAUAAGGGUGCUGCAAAGGAGGAAGUGAGAAAGUAUGGAAGUGGCGAUGUCAAGGGAGAUGCGCCUGUGAAGGAUCUUUGA